CCUUUAGUAGCUGCGUUUCUGAACACAUUGACUCCGAAGUUCUAUGUGGCAUUAACAGGAACGUCCUCUCUCAUAUCAGGACUCAUAUUAAUAUUUGAGUGGUGGUAUUUUCGAAAGUACGGCACGUCUUUCAUUGAGCAGGUCUCCGUGAGCCACUUGCGGCCACUGCUUGGCGCAGUGGAUAAUAACCUGCCUGCGGUUAAUUUUACUGCCAGCAAUGGAGAGGCUGAAUCGAACAGGCAAAACGUGUCAGAAUGUAAGGUGUGGCGAAACCCGCUGAAUCUCUUCAGGGGAGCCGAGUACAGCAGGUACACAUGGGUCACAGGGAGAGAGCCCUUGACAUAUUAUGACAUGAAUCUGUCAGCACAGGAUCAUCAAACGUUUUUCACGUGUGACACAGAUCAUGUCAGACCCGCAGAUGCUGUGAUGCAGAAAGCCUGGCGGGAGAGGAAUGCACAAGCAAGAAUGAAGGCAGCAUACCAAGCUUUAGAAUUAAACAAUGAGUGUGCAACAGCAUACGUUCUGCUAGCUGAGGAGGAGACCACCACGAUCCUUGAAGCUGAGAAGCUAUUUAAACAGGCACUGAAAGCAGGCGAGGUGUGCUACAGAAGGAGCCAGCAGCUUCAGCACCACAGUCCACAGCAGGAAGCACAGCACAGGCGAGACACAAAUGUAUUAGUUUAUAUAAAACGAAGGCUUGCAAUGUGUGCAAGAAAACUGGGAAGAAUACGAGAAGCAGUAAAACUAAUGAGAGAUUUGAUGAAAGAGUUUCCACUCCUUAGUAUGCUGAAUAUACAUGAAAAUUUAUUAGAAGCUCUGUUGGAGUUACAAGCCUAUGCUGAUGUACAAGUGGUCUUGGCCAAAUUUGAUGGUUAG